CCAAUGAAGCGUUGUUUGAAAUGACUUCAUCACUUGUUAAUCUCACACCACAGAUAUUUCAUUUUAUCCUCUAAAUUCCCUAUUGUUUAUGUUGUUUUAAGAUGACAGAAAUCAUGAAAAUUAUCACUGUUGGCUUGGUGUUGCUUCUUUGCGCUUUGGUGACAGCGGAACAAGAAAAACUGAGUGAUAAAAGUACAAAAAACAACAAUGAGGAGACUAAAGAAGAGAACGAUGAUGAUCAUAAAGUCCAGGAAGACACGAGCGAGUCAGGUUCAUCAGCUGAGUUAGAAAAUAACGAAGGUUCUGGGGAAUUCGGCUCUGCAGAAAGUGGCGAUGUAGAAGACGAAAUCCAAACUCAGAUGCCAGCACCAAAACCAAUGAAAUUCAGAUAUUUUGGCAUGCGUGGUCCCGUCAAGAUUACUCCGAUGGAACCUAUGGUAAACAGGCAAAAACCAUUUCGAAGGCGUUGUUUCUUUUGCUUCCCUCGAGGACGCUUGGGACGGGUUGAAGUGACACCACCUGGCGGACCGUAUUUGAUGAAUGGUUUUGGUCCUAUGGAUGGGUUUGGAAUGGGGCCUUAUCCCGGUAUGGGAUUUCCUGAACCAGGACCGGGGUUCCCUGCUAUGGGGGGCUUUGGUGAUGGUGGACCCUGCUGUGGAGGACCUUGCUGUGGGGGACCAUGCUGUGGGGGCCCUUGUGGUGGUGGAAGUUCAAACCAAGGUCCCAUGAUAUUCGAAGGAAUAAAUGAAGAGGAAGAACCCAGCAAAGCUUCUUCCAAGGUACGCGACAAGCCAAUGCAGCAAUCUCCAAUUAAGGGAGCAGCUUUAACUCCAAAUAAGGUAAUGGACCAAGCUCCAAAUAAGGCAGCUGCUCCAUCUCCAAAUAAGGCAGCUGCUCCAUCUCCAAAUAAGGUAAUGGAUCAGCCCCCAAAUCAAGCUCCAAAUAAGGUGGCUUCAAAUGAACCAAUGAAAAAUCUUCAGACAGCAGAAAAGCUAAGUGACAAGCCCAGCAAGACAAAACCACAGGAUGAAGAAUAUUUUGUACUUCAGUUAGCUGACAAAGUGUCACACGUUGAAACGGUGGAAUUUCGUUCUGAAACUUGUGUCGCGAACAAGUCUCAGAACGAAACCGCGCAGUGUAACGCCCCCUACCUCGCAGAACUCUCAACAAAGAAAGCCAUGAGGUAUCAAGGCACUUUAGUACUUUGUGCUUUAGUUUUAUACUUGGUGACUGUUGCAAGUGCUUCCCCAAGGAAAAACCCAAAAGUACAAAAUGCUUUCAAAAUGCGAAAGGACUUCAAGCAGUUUUUUGAGAAGCAAAAAGAUCGAUGCAUUGGAAUGAUGAUGAGCAAGGGUGAAAAGCGUCAUCGUGCCGAGAAGCGCUGCAUUGGUGGCUUUGGGUAUGGAUACCCAGGUGGAUUCGGUGGAUAUGGCUAUGGAUUUCCAGGGGGCUAUGAUAUGAUGCCCGGGGACUGGUUUGGAUUCGGUUAUCCUGGAUUUGGUGGUGGAUGGGGUGGUUGGCCUGGUGGAUGGGGUGGUUUUGGUGGUGGUUUUGGUGGUGGUUUUGGGGGUGGUUGUGGAGGUGGUUGUGGAUGUGGUGGGUGUGGUGGUUGUGGUGGUUGUGGUGGUUGUGGUUGUUGUGGUGGUAACUGCUGCGGGGGAUUCGGAUGUCCUCAUUGGUGCUGCUGUGGUAAAGAUGAAGGCGAUGGAAAAGGAGAAGGAGGAGAGGGAGGAGAAGGGGGAGGAGAAGGAGGAGGAGGGGGAGAAGGAGGAGGAGGAGGACAAGGAGGAGAUACUGGAGGUGGUAGCGAGGGGGAAGGUGCCACCACACAAGAUAAGCCGACGGCCGUCAAAGGCAAAUCCGCAGGUCAAGUCUCUGACCAGAUCAAACAAGUGAAUCCAGCUCCGCAAGUCAACACUACUCCUGCAGCCAAUCCUAAACCUGUUUAAACCGGCUGUCAAGCAGGUCAUACCAAUAAUUGCAAUAUUUCGAUAUCAAGAAGACGUUCACUUACUACGUUGCAAUAUAAAAAUUCUUAGAAAAUCAAUUAUUCGUAUUAAUGCAUGCAAAAUCUCAUGAAACAAUUCGAUAGAUUAUCAAAAUCCAAUCAAUUGUUGAUAAAUUAUUACAAGCCUAUUUUUAUUAAUUAGAAAGUUUUAGUACAAAUACUUGAUGAAGAAUUGCUAAAAUCAUCUAACAUUUAUCGUAAACAUUCAAUAAAGGAAAUAUUUAACCUAA